AUGUCGGAUGGUGAUGAGGACAGUGAUGCAAGCCCAACUAUCCAAGAAGAAAUGGAAAAGAUUCAAAAGGAGAGGAUUCGAAAGGAGAAGGAAGCCGUGCCCUCCUCUACAUCAUCCUCCGACGAUGAUGAGGAAGAUGAUCCACUCGCCAAGAAGCUACCGGCACUUUCUGGUAAAACUUCUUCGCCACUAGUGGGAACCCAAGAUCUUUCUCAAAGCCAGGGGUUUCCCUACCAUUUGGCCCAGCCUUCGCAAUUAUCCCAAGCUCCCCCUGCCUUUGCAAGUGUCUCUCGAGCUCCAAUUAAUGUUGGACUUAUUCCCAUUCCCAUGCAACAGGCAGUUCACCGGACACUGACACCGCUCGAGUCCUAUCAGGUGGACCCAUGGCCCCCUUAUAUGUGUGCUGGUCAAGGCCAGCCAUACUACUAUGAUAAUGGAAAAGGGAGACCCCCACUUCCCCACAACAAGAGAUCUGCAAGUGCACCCGUCAGUAGGGCUCCAUCGCCAGCUGCAUCUUCGGCAAAGAAGAAGAAAAAGAACGUCAACAGGCAUGGGCGAACCAAGGAAGAAGAAGACAAGUUCCAGAGUCUAGUAGACACUGUCGUGAAACGCUUUACCAAAGACAAAAAGGAUCUGAUCACCUGUCUGGAGGAACAAGAUGGAAAGAAAGCAGACGACCGAGAGUUUCACAGAGUCGCAAAAUGGAUCACUGUCAACAGGGGAAAGGAGAACGAAACCAAGAUUGAUCUUGCAGAGUUGAAGUGUGCACAGAUAAGGAGACUUGCUGGCAAUUGUGGUAUUCGCAGAGGAGGUCAAAUGAACCUUUUCGAUGCAAGGAGACACAUCGCUUUAUGGAUUGACACUGGGACUGUGUACAACGACAACUCACUCACUGGUAAUCCAUCCAGCAAUUGGUUGCCAAUUGACAGACGCAUUUUUACUUACAUGAGAGUUCUCAACGCAGUUUUUCACAAGACCAUGAUUGCCACCUUCAUCACGAUUAAUGACACCAAGAAGAGGAAAGAAUAUGAAUCCGCGCAUGGAGGAAACCCAGUAAAGACUUCUGGCAUAGUGUAUCAGAGAUGGUGA